GAAGAAGAACAUUCCCGGACUCCAAUGCCUAUCUAACAGCUUUCGAAGUGCACCUGAAAGCCAUUGAGACGGAGAGAGAGGAAGAAAGGACAGAGUUGAGACAGCGUCUCUCUCUCUCACUGCCGGCCGGCCGGGGAUCACUCUUGUCAGUCCGGAAAAACAGGGUUCACUGGCCUUGGUCAGAUGCCAGACCCACUGCUCGUCUCUCUCUCUGCCCGUAAGGAAAGGGAAAGGAAAACAGACAAAAGAAAAGGGAUUGUAAAAGAAAAGGGAUUGUAUAGUGUAAAUGAAAAAUUAUAAUCUGCCUACAAUACCCUUCACUCGUGAGGACCCACGUUUUGUUGAACCCACGUUUUGUUGAAGAAGAACAGGGCGUUGAAGAACGUUGAAGAAGAAAGGCCCUUUCCCUCCAACCGAACCGUUGAAGAAGAAACGUUCUUUCCCUCCAACCAAACCGUUGAAGAGGAAACCGAAGAGGCAAGCAAGGAAACAGGGCAGAAGAGCAAAGAGCAAAGGAGAAAAAAAAAAAAACAAAGAAGAAGAGUUAGAAGAAGAAGAAGAAGAAGAAACGGAAGAAGAAGGCCUCUGCUGCAACGAAGUUGAAAUCGCUGCUUUAAUGGCGUCGAUGUCGAUAAAGCCUGGUAUUCCUGUCUCAUUGCAAGAACUGGAUUCCUCCUCGCCGUUGUUCAAGCAGGGGUCGUCAUUGCGGGUUACUGGCAAGCUAAAGGAGUACUCUGUGGAAUCCGCAAUUGCAGUCAUAGUUGACGGAAGUGCUAACUUGAAAGUAGACACACAGCAUCUCAGAGAUAUCAACUUCACAGUGGGUUCAAUUUAUCAAUUCAUUGGCGAGCUGCUAAUAGAAUCUGAUGAUAAUGUCCUCUUACAGGCAAGGGUUGGACGAAUUGUGGAUGGCAUUGAUCUUAACCUCUACUACCAAUCCCUUGAGCUUAGAAAACAAUUUAUGGCUAAUCAUAUGACCUCGCCUGCUACUUAAUUUUUAUGAAAGUUUUUAACGUCUUUGGUCUUCAAUUAGCUGGGAGAUCAUUUUGUAUCAUGUGCACACAGUCUCAAACAAAUUGUGAAUAUCGCAGUUCGUUGAUACUCGGUUUCCUUGUUAAAUGCACAUGCCAUGCAUUGGAGAUUUUUCAUUCAUCUCCUAUUGCGAGUCUCAGGCAUUUGGCAUAAUUUAGUGGAAUGUGAUUUCUAAAAUUUUUGGCG